AUGCCACAGUAUCAAUACACACCGCUGAACGUCGAAUUGGGAGAGAUACGAUUGCUCGAGCUACAUCCUGGCGCUUUCGAUGAUCCAAUCAAGAUUUCCAUUUUCAACACUCCUUUCGCCGACCCACCAUCUCAAGUCUCUCUACGGAAGAGCCUAGUAGAUAUCCAGCAGAGCUUACCAUAUGGCUGGGUAGUUCGUGAGACAGUUGAGAAACGAAUCUUCUUCUUCAACCGAUUGGAGGUUUACAGCACUUGGGAACAUCCUGAUCCCAAUUACGAGAAGACAUUCUAUGAAUCUACCGAUGACCAGUUUAUACAAAAACUAUGGAUCGACGCUGUCUGUAUAAAUCAAAUGGACCUGAGCGAGCGUAGUGAGCAGGUUGUCCGCAUGGGCAGCAUUUACAAAUAUGCACAGCGUGUUGUCGCCUGGCUUGGUUGCGCUUCGCACAAUUCGCCCUUGGCACUUCGUACGCUGGAUUUUCUCGGGAGACAAAUUGAGAUGACCAAUAGCGGCUUCUGUUUUCCCGCGCCAAUGCGAGUGAAAAAAGAUUGGUGGAACCAUCAAUUCCAAGAGCCUUCCAUCAUCUACGACACGGACACUUGGCAGGCUUUGUACGAUCUUCUAUCUCGCUCCUGGUUCACACGCCUCUGGAUUAUGCAGGAGAUUCACCUUGCAAAUCAUCAUGCUAUAGUCAAGUGUGGUACAGAAGAGACACUGUGGUAUCGGCUUCGACGCGCUGUUGUAAAAUGUCGAGAGCUCAAGCCAAGUCACGUGUCUUCGGAGCAUAUCCAGCACAGAAUCCGUAACACCUCGUUACUCUGUGAAGAUAUUCGACGCAAAGAUAUGAUCAUGCUGCUCGGUAUAGCUGGGCUGAUGUCCUGUAGCGAGCCCAGGGACAAAGUGUUCGCUUUGCUUGGCCUGUUACCGGAGACGUUAUCUCGACGAAUUCAACCUAGUUACAUACAGCCUGUCGAAGAGUUAUACAAACACAUGGCUCUGGCUAUCAUCGAACUGACUGGUAGUUUAGAAGUGCUUCACUCUCAGGGUGCUUUUCCAGGUUCCUCCUGGAUACCGGAUUGGUCUAAGCCUCUCGAGGGUACUCAUGUCUCGGCUAAUAGGCUAGCUAGCGGCCAUUCCGUAGCCAAUUUUGAUUACAAUACUCCUUCUACGCUCAGCGUUACCGGUGUCUCCUUCGAUACGGUAGUAGCUGUUUCGGAGCCGUUACCGCAAAAUAUCCAUGAAGGCCUUACCACGCUAUGCAAGUUUUGGCUCACGAGUAUAACACCAAGUCAAAUGUAUCCGACAGGAGAAACGAUGGCCGAAGCCUGUGCACGGGUUAUGACUUAUGGGAUACUGUUGGACCAAUAUCCGGAAGUGCCAUGCCCCACUUUGGCAGAAGCUCAGCUCCCUUUCCACGAACUGUUGAACGGAGCGGAUGUCAGUGCUGUGGAAGAUCAUGUACAUUGCCAUUGGUUUUUAUUUUCGGGCCAGACCUUAUUCAAGACGAAGAAGGGUUAUAUUGGUGUUGCGAACGGCCGUCCACAACAUGGGGACAAUGUGGCAGUGAUCCUUGGCUCCCCGAUACCCCUGUUGAUUCGGAAAAGGCCAUCACACACAUAUGCUCUCAUCUGUGACUCGUAUAUAGACGGUAUUAUGGAUGGAGAAGCUCUUCUCGGGCCGCUUUCAAAAGACUGGACCUUCCAACUCCUCAUCAACUAUGCCAUCGGCCGACGAAAAGAUUACAUCGAAACGUUCAAGAAUGUUGCAACCCAGGAGAUAGUUUAUGAGGAUCCGAGAUUAGCGCCCAUUCCCGAAGAGUGGGAACGAACAGAAGCGGCGCACGACGUGUGGCCAACGGAAACUGUUGAGGCUUACAGAAACAAGAUCACCGGCCAAGUCCUAAAAGAUUCCGAUCCACGACUGUUACCAGACGCACUGAGAGCUCGGGGCGUUCCGUUGGAGGUAUUUUCACUCGUCUAG